GCCAACUUGAUUUGUUUCACGCUGGAACGAGUGUAACACCGGCCGGGCACUCCUUUAGGGUAUUGUCCUAGGGAUUGACAGGGUGUGCCUCUUCCCCUGGCAAGGCACACGGAGGCAAAUACUCACUAAUCUGCCGGUGUCCUGCCUCCAACAGCACCACCAAAAACCCUCCCACGUUUUAUAUGCAUAGCUUAGUGACACACCCAACGCUUGCAUGAACAAUAUACGAUACAUCCAUGGAUGCUACGGCAGUGGAGGUAUGUCGAUCCCGGAUAUAACAAUGAAACGGAACAUGCAAAAUAGCACGAAGGCCUUCUGGAAGAAGGUGCCUAUUUGGAGGUUAUGGCCAGCAAGGAUUCGGUCUCUUGGUUUCUAAAACCUUGUACGCCACAAUGAUCAAGAUAGGGGCAGGAUAUAUAGGAUUGAGGGCAACUGAAUGGACUGCCGUCAUUACUUCACCCACAAACAGCGUGAUUUUUCAUGGACA